CUCAUGAAAACUUACGGAAGAUCUUUAUGGCGCGUCUAUGAUGACGACGAUAAUGGCCCUGCCGCCAAGAAACGACGCGUCGAGGCGGGCAACGAGUCCGACGACGCGGAGAACAGUCUUCAAUAUGCUAUUCGCGAGUCAUCUGCUGCCAUUUUAUCGAGUCCGUCGCGUCGCAAUUCAGUAGUUCUCUCGGAGGGGACGCAGGACGAUGACUUGUCCACGCCUCCAAAACCAACAUUUUCGUUUCUGAAGCGCAAGCAAUCGUCGACGAAAGAUGCGAGCAAUGGCACCCCGCUCACGGAAGUCAACUCCAACAGUGUGCGGUCGUCGGUCGAUCCCCCCAAGAAGAAGGCGGCGCAGUCGCAACCACCCGUUUUGAAACAGAUGCAGAUUGAUCUGGGCCACGAAGUCAGAAAAACCUGUGCUACUUGUGGGAUGGAAUACGUGCCCUCCAAUGCGGAGGACGCGGCGCUUCACAAAAAGUUUCACGACAUGAACUCGACGGGGGUGGAUUUGGGGAAGGCUUUUAUGAGGGCGAACGCAUGCCGCUGGGUUUACGAAGCCACUCGGUUCGACGAAGGUUACGUUGUUAUUGUGGACCGCAAGGCUUCUCCGACCGUCAAGAACCAGGCCAAGAAAGUGCUGGAAGUGAUCAGCAAGGAGUUGUCUGCGCCUGAAAUCUCAGACGAUGUCUUAUGGAGCCAAACGGAGCCGCCAGAACGUCUGCGGAAGAACGGUGCAGAGGAGAAAGUAGAUCGCUAUAAGGUGUUUCUGCACAUGAAGGACAGCCGGUGUGUGGGAGCAUGUCUCACUGAGCGUAUCUGGGAAUCACGGCCUGCGGAGUGCUCGACACCGGCUCAGAAUGGAGCAGAUCAGCCGACCGACUCUGCGAUUACCGUCCGGGACGAGGUGCAUCCAGCUAUCGUGGGUAUCUCGCGCAUUUGGACAUCGGGCUCAUCUCGAAGGAGAGGAAUCGCCAUGGACCUUCUUGAUUGCGUUGUGACCAACUUUAUCUAUGGGAUGGAGAUUCCCAAGGAGCAGGUUGCUUUUAGUCAGCCGACAGAAAGUGGGAAACGUCUAGCACAGGCCUUCUUCGGGCCAGGAGUGCAGUGGCAUGUCUACAACGAAAGCUAGAACUGAUCACCCAGCAUGCCGGCACACGAGCGCAAGUGGAUAUUGGUUUGCGUUUUUGAGUCUCUUCUUUCGAAUGGGCCAGAUGAUACCCUUCUUCCUCGGGAUGGAUGAGCCCGAGUCAGGAAUCUUGUGAUGACCCUUCGUGUCUGUUUGUAUAACCUCAGGUGUUUGGGAAGGCGGCCUCUUCCUGUUCUCGAUUGUUCAACAUGCGCUACGUGUUUUUCCUU